GAGGGUUGUGGGGCGGGUAGCUCCCCUCCCGAUGAAGACUCAUGAGAGCGGGUGGGCGGGAGACUCCAUGUCCCAGCAUGCCCCGCGGCGGGCCCUACCGGCCGCGACUCCGGGCUUGGCCCCGGCCCUAGCUUGUCGGCGGUGUACUGGGGCGCGUGGAGGCUGUAGUCACGGUGGCGCCCGCGGGGACGGAGGAGGGAAUGAGUGAAGAGGAGCAGGGCUCCGGCACUACCACGGGCUGCGGGCUGCCCAGCAUAGAGCAAAUGCUGGCCGCCAACCCGGGCAAGACCCCGAUCAGCCUUCUGCAGGAGUAUGGGACCAGAAUAGGAAAGACGCCCGUGUACGACCUUCUCAAAGCCGAGGGCCAAGCCCAUCAGCCUAAUUUCACCUUCCGGGUCACCGUUGGCGACACCAGCUGCACUGGUCAGGGUCCCAGCAAGAAGGCAGCCAAGCACAAGGCAGCUGAGGUGGCCCUCAAACAUCUCAAAGGGGGCAGCAUGUUGGAGCCGGCCCUGGAGGACAGCAGUUCUUUUUCUCCCCCAGACUCUUCGCUGGCUGAGGACACUUCUGUUCUUAUUGCUGCUCCUGCUCCACCUGCUGUCCUACCCAGGAGCCUCCCUGUGGAGAUGCAGCCCCCUGCCUCCCCUCAGCAGUCUGAGUGCAACCCUGUUGGGGCUUUGCAGGAGCUGGUGGUACAGAAAGGUUGGCGACUGCCAGAGUACACAGUGACCCAGGAGUCUGGACCAGCCCACCGCAAAGAGUUCACCAUGACUUGCCGGGUGGAGCGUUUCAUUGAGAUUGGCAGUGGCACCUCCAAAAAGCUGGCAAAGCGUAAUGCAGCAGCCAAGAUGCUGCUUCGAGUGCACACAGUGCCUCUGGAUGCACGAGAUGGCAACGAGGCUGAGCCUGAUGAUGACCACUUCUCCAUUGGUGUGGGUUCCCGCCUGGAUGGACUUCGGAACCGGGGCCCAGGCUGCACCUGGGAUUCUCUGCGCAAUUCUGUGGGAGAGAAGAUCCUGUCCCUUCGCAAUUGCUCUGUGAGCUCCCUUGGGGCUCUGGGCUCUGCCUGCUGCAGUGUCCUCAGUGAGCUCUCUGAGGAGCAGGCCUUCCAUGUCAGCUACUUGGAUAUUGAGGAACUGAGUCUGAGUGGGCUCUGCCAGUGCCUAGUGGAACUGUCCACCCAGCCAGCUACUGUGUGUCAUGGCUCUGCAACUACCAGGGAGGCAGCCCGAGGUGAGGCUGCUCGUCGUGCCCUGCAGUACCUCAAGAUCAUGGCAGGCAGCAAGUAGUACCCUGCUACAUCAUGGAUGUGUGCCCUCUGCUCCCUGCGCCUCCUGACACUGGGUCCAUGCAUCUGCCAGCUCUGGAACCCUCCAGAGGUGCCAUCUCUACCUCUGACAUGCCUACCUUGAGGCUGAAAAGCACAGGGCUUGCAAGGAGCCAGGGCUGUCAGGCCCCUGGCUGGCCAAGGAUCUGUCCUCAUUCUGUGGAUGUUGAGUGGGAAGGACAUUGGGAGCUCUGCUGGAGUCCAGAAUAAACAUGCUGCUCCUUUGUUUCCUAAA